AUGCAGAGGGAUAUGUAUACUCUGAGGAGUAGGCCACUCCUCACCACUCAAAGGAGGCUCUCCACGCAAGAACCUCACAGGCCUCUUCUUUCGAGCCAAGGGAAGGAGAAGACAACACGCAGAGAAGGAGGAAGACGUCCAAGGCCAGACGCUCCAGCUCGACCACCGGACUCGAUCGAGUCCAAACAGAGGAAACUCAACUCGAUCGAGCUGAGGUCGAGUGACCUGGAGGAGCCCCUGUUUGAGAACCCUGGAUUCGAGUACGAUCCAACGCAGUACCAGGACUUCUCCCAGACCAACUGGACCCCUACAACAGCUUCGAGCAAGCACAGCUCCACCAAGGCCAAGGGAGCCACACACUUUCAAGAUGAAGAAGAGGAGGAAGAGGAGCCACAAGCUCGAUCGAGUGAGCCGCAAGAGGCAACCCCAGUUGCAUGGAGUGCUCCUGAUGGCCGUCUACCAUCUCCAGACCACGACCUAGCUCCCAGUUCUUUGGGGGGCACUGAGGCUAAGUUUGGGGGUGCCAACUCGAGCUCGAUCGAGUUGGGUGUAAAAACCAGAAAAGUGGUCUUUUGGAGCAUUCUGGAGCAUAUGGGACAUGAGGAGCAUGGAGGGACUUGGCACAUGGAAGCAGCUCAACUGGAUACGCAAAGGAAGAAGGGAGAAGCCAUCUUGAAGACCAGCUCGACCGUCCACUCGACCAACCGGUCGAGUUCCUCAACUCGACCGGCCAAGCUUCAACUCGAUCGAGCUGAGAAGUCAAAGUCAAACCCGAAAAAUGUUGCUUCCCCCUUGACUUUCCUUUGA